AUGACCACUGCGGAGGAAUAUAAGAAAGAGGGCAACAGUGCGUUUGCGGCCAAGGACUUUGAAAAGGCGAUCGAGCUAUUCGGCAAAGCGAUCGAAGUCUCGGAACAGCCAAACCACGUGUUGUACUCAAACAGAUCUGCGUGCUAUGCGUCAAUGCGGAAGUUCCGGGAGGCGCUAGCGGACGCGCAGGAGUGUGUGCGGAUCAAGCCCGACUGGUCGAAGGGGCACAAUCGGCUGGGGGCUGCGCACUACGGUCUGGGCGAUUUGGAUGAGGCUGAAGAAAGCUACAAGAAGGCUUUGGAGUUGGACAGCAGCAACAAGGCCGCGCAGGACGGGCUAGCACAGGUGCAGGCCACGCAGCAGCAGCGUAUGGAGCAGCCGGACUUGGGUUUUGGGCAGAUGUUCCAAGAUCCAAACCUAAUCCAGAAGUUGAAGAACAACCCAAAGACCGCAGAGAUGAUGAAAGACCCUCAGUUGGUGGCCAAGGUCCUACAGUUCCAGUCUAACCCGCAGGCUAUCAGCACAGAGCUCAUGAGAGAUCCUCGGUUGAUGACAGUUAUGGCUGCUAUCCUUGGGAUCGACUUGUCCAUGGAUUCCCCUGAGCCAAAGUCCGCUGCACCAGCUGAUGCGCCUGCUCCAUCGGCUGAACAGCCGUCUGAAGCAAAGCCGGAACCCACUCCCGCGGCCAGCCAACCGGCUCCUGCUGCUGAGAAGGAGGAAGAGCCAGAGCAGAUGCAUGUAGACGACGAUAGGAGCAAGGCCGAGGAGGCAAAGGCUAAGGGCAAUGAGCUCUAUAAGAAGCGCCAGUUUGACGAGGCAAUUGCGAACUACGAGAAGGCGUGGGAUUUGCACAAGGACAUCACCUACUUGAACAACCGUGCCGCUGCUGAGUAUGAAAAGGGCGACUACGAGUCUGCGAUUAAGACUCUAGAAAAGGCAGUCGAGGAGGGAAGAGAGUUGCGCGCUGACUACAAGGUAAUUGCCAAGUCCUUUGCCCGCCUAGGGAAUGCGCACUACAAGUUGGCCGAUUUGAAAAAAGCUAUCGAGUACUACGAGAAGUCUUUGACGGAGCAUCGUACACCUGAGGUUUUGAACAAGUUAAGAAGCUUGGAAAAGGAGCAGAAGAAGAGAGAGGCCGAGGCGUACAUUGACCCCGAGAAGGCGGAAGAGGCUCGGUUGCAAGGUAAAGAGUACUUCACCAACGCAGACUGGCCUAACGCAGUCAAGGCAUACACGGAGAUGAUCAAAAGAGCACCUGAGGACGCUAGAGGCUAUUCAAACAGAGCUGCUGCUCUAGCAAAGUUGAUGUCGUUCCCCGAUGCCAUCAAGGAUUGCGAUAUGGCUAUCCAAAAAGACCCUAACUUUGUUCGGGCCUAUAUUAGAAAGGCGACUGCUCAGAUUGCAGUUCAAGAAUAUGCUGCAGCCAUCGAAACCUUAGACACUGCCCGUGAAAAGGAUGCCGAGGUGAACAAUGGUUCCAACACUAGGGAGAUUGACCAGUUGUACAUUAAAGCAACUCAGCAAAGGUUCCAGCCGGCUAACGCCAACGAGUCCCCAGAGGAGACCUAUGCUAGAGCUGUUAAGGAUCCUGAAGUUGCGGCUAUCCUCCAGGAUCCAGUCAUGCAAUCUAUUCUAAGUCAAGCGCAGCAGAAUCCUGCGGCACUGCAAGAGCACAUGAAAAAUCCACAAGUUUUCAAGAAGAUACAAACUUUGAUUGCCGCUGGUAUUAUCCGGACCAGGUGA